AUGGGGGAGAAAUCCAAGCGCAGGGCUGCGCGACAGGAGGCGAUCAAGCCGGCAUGGGCCUUCUUCCUGGGGCUCGGUUCCGUUCUCAUCGUUUUUCAUUUUGUCUUCCGCGGCAGAGGUGGGCUGAGACAGAGAGGAGCUCCCAGCCAGGCACAGGUCGCUCGGGCGACCCUUGGCGUAGCGCCACGGACAGAAGGUGUUUCCGAAGUCCCUCCAGGAUUCAUGGCCAUGCAGGGCCCGACGGAGGAAGAACUCAGGCAGUCGACUUUCGUCCUUAGCGAAGCAGGCUCUGACUGUCCAGAUGGUUUCUUGCGUCUCUUAGAGCCGGAAGAAUGUGAAAUCGCAGCAGAGAUGUUGCACAAGAGGUUUCAGGACAUGGAUCCCAAAAUUGAUUCAGAGUUUCGCGGAUGCCAGUUCCGUGUGCCAGACAACGACGUGCACUUCAACUCGCGAGAGGGCUCUGGCAACCGAGAUCGCAAGUCCAUUUGCCGAAAGCCACCCGCGGGUGGUGCACAACAGCCGGCCACAGGCGAUCUCAAUCCUGCGCCGGCGCCACCGUCGCCUGCUCCAGCCGUGGCUGCAGUCAGCCAGGCAGAGCCUUCAGUGGCCGACAGGAGUGUGGAUGGAAAGUACAUCAUGACCGAGACAGAGAGCAAUGGUUGCCCUGCGGGACACACUACCGUGGGCAAAGAGGAAUGUGCCGUAGCUGCCAAGAGCUUCGACAAGACCUUCCUCGAGGAGGCCGGGCCUGCGGAGCUGGAUCCGAAGGGCUGCAACUUCCGGGUCCCGGACAACGACGUCUAUUUCAACACAGAGGCAGAGGGUGCACCCCAUGAGUCCCGGAAGGUCCUCUGCCGUGCUCCUGGCGUGGGGCCGCCGACGGCCGAAGGAGCGCAGGCUUCCGCAGAUGCGGCUUCUGCCCCUGCUGCGACUGGAAAGUAUGUCUUGGCAGAUGCUGGCUCUGAUGCCUGUCCGGCUGGCUACGAGAAGAUACUGACACCAGAGGACUGCCAAGCCGGGGCGAACUCCCUGGACAAAGCCUUCCAGGAGGCAGCGUUCGAGGCGGAGUCGGACCCGAAAGGCUGCAAUUACCGCAUCACUGACCAAGACAUUUACUUCAACCUGCACGAGACAGGAGCCCCGCACCACAGCCGGCAGCCUGUGUGCCAACAAAGUGAGGGCGCUGCGCAAAGUCCCGCAGCGCCCAGCCCCACCAAGCCUGCCGCCGCAGCCGAUCAGAAGGAGUCGGCUGCCUCGGCCAAGUAUGUGAUGGGCGAAACCGACACCAACGAUUGCCCACCUGGAAGCAAGCCUCUGGAAGAAUCAGCUGAGUGUGAAGCUGCGGCGAGCAGCGUCGGGAAGACCUACAUUGGGGAGGGGAACCCCGCUGAGAUGGACCCCAAAGGAUGCCAAUUCAGGGUCCCGGACCAGGAUGUGUAUUGGAACACGCACGACACAGGUGCUCCACAUCCGGCUCGGCAGCCGAUUUGCCGUGAAGCAACGACAACUUGA